UUCUUCUUUUGCCUACACCUCUUCAAUUCUGAACAGCAAAGAUAUUUAAUUGACUUAUGUUAUUUGGAAAUUUAGUUGCUUUCUUGAGUAUAAUGCUUUUUCUGUGUGAUGAAGCUGAAACUCUGAGCAAAUGGGGCAGUAGGGUAGCAGAAUUCAAGAGAUUGCAGCUGUUUUGAUUUCUAGAAUGCAAUGGAUAUAGCUAGUCAAGUUGCUUGAGAUUAAUUGAAGAAGAAUGGCUGUUCAUGUUCUUCUUGCAGCAAAGACCUUUCCCCCUGUAAUUUCCAGGACAAGGGAGAAUACCUUGAAACCUGCCAAAGAGUAUAAAGUACAAUCCAGAUGUGAGCUACCCUCUCAAGAAGCUUCAUCAAGUCGCCGCCAUUUUGUAGCUGGUGCCAUGAUUGUUACGAUUCUGACCAUUAACUAUGGCUUAGCACCAUCACCGGUUUGGGCUGAUGAUAAGUCGGAUGAUGAAGAGGAAAAGGAUGGAGUUAUAGGUGCUCUUAAAUCACUGUUUGACCCUAAUGAGAAAACCAAGUCUGGAAAAGUGUUGCCGAAGGCUUACUUGAAGUCAGCAAAGGAGGUCGUGAAGACAUUGCGCGAAUCGCUGAAUGAAGAUCCUAAGGAUAAUGCCAAAUUCAGGCGUACUGCAGAUGCAGCAAAGGAGUCGAUUCGAGAGUAUUUGGGCAAUUGGAGAGGACAACAAGAGGUGGCUCAAGAGGAGUCUUAUGUUGAGAUUGAGAAAGCGAUACGAUCGUUGGCCGGCUUUUAUUCCAAGGCAGGGCCUUCUGCCCCGCUGCCUGAAGAAGUUAAGUCUGAGAUAUUGAAUGAUUUGAAUACAGCUGAAGCGUUUUUGUGAGGCAUCAGAUUUUUAGGGGCAGCACGCGUAUCUCUUACACCAAGUUUAAUCAGUUGAUUUGUGGAGAGAAUUUAGAGAGCUUCAGUUUGAUGCCUCCACCAUUUCUCAACACCAUAAACAAAUUUGUUGUGUAAAGCUCUUUUGCUAUUAAUAUGUACCUCAUUUGACGAAUUUCUUAUGAGCAGCCAUAUGUUGUAAUUUUA